GUUUAUUUUAUAAUAUUACUCUUCGUACAUUCUAUGAGAAGUGACUGCAUCAUCGACAACAGAAGCCAUGAAAACUUUUGGGAACGGCAACUUCAGAAAGCAUUUUUAUUCGCAGCAAACGGUAAUGUAGAUUUUAUCUGGCAAGAUGACAGACUUAAGUGGGACCCAGAGCUUUGUGGCGAAUUAAACGAAACAAUUUUAUCAAGUCGAUAUAUUUGGACACCAGGCCUGAGACUUCUUAAUAUAGCUGAUCAAUAUGAUAACGAAAUAAUAUACUUCUAUACUGAUUGCAGAGUCAGAAGUGAUGGACUAGUUAAAUGUAGUCCCGUAACCAACUUGCGAUCACCUUGUACGGCCAAAUUACAAUUCGGCAAUCAGCGUACCAAAGAUGCAGUAAGGUACAAAACAAAAACUCCGAUGUUGCACGACGUUAAACCAAUUAAGAUUGUGCAGGAAAACGUCCUAAAUUCCGAAGUGCAAUUACGAUUAACUGUAAAUAUAAAACGUAAUGGAUCUUCGCUUUCACUUGCUAUCGUACAUCUUUGUGUAAUUCUUUCUGUGUUUACUACAAUCUGUUUGUUAUUGAACGUGCGCGAUGGUUUACGUUUACAAAUGAAUGUCUACCGCUAGGCACGGGCCUCCUCUACUAAUGAGAGGGUUUUAGGUCUCAGGGGCCGUUCAUGUAUUACAAGGACACGCUUGUCAAAUCAGGUAAUUAACAGAGGUAAUAAUUACCGGUAU